AUGAGCAAAGACCAUACUAUUUCUGGUUCUGAAAAAGGACAACGUCUUGCAAGAACCACGUAUCCAACGUAUGACCGGAACAAACUUCCUACGUUACAGGAAGUCCUUAGUCGUAAAACGGCGCCUCCUGUAUGUCUUUACAACUUUUAUCUUUACAUGAGAGAUAGAGAGCAGGCAUCAGAAUAUCUAGAUUUUUAUCUUGAUGUGUUAGAACAUGAAAAUAUAUGCAAAGCAUUCGUAAAAGACAUAAAAAAACUUGGAUUGGAUCUCAACAUUGAGUAUCCAGAGUAUGAAAGGUAUCGACCUGCUGGGAUAGCACCGGAAAAAGGUAAAUUGAGUAGACUUAGCGUAGCUACGAGUAAUGAUGGGGGUGUUCAAAGACAAUUGAGCGCUUCAUCACGUGAGUCAAAUGUCACAAAUAGCACCGGUGGCGUUUUUGAUACCCCUUCACGUCCUGAUUCACCAUAUUCAGGCCAACACAUAAUCGAUAUAGCGACUGCGAGUAAAGCGUCACGAUUUACGAGACAUAGAGAUUCAGUUCGAUCAAACAAGACUAAUACUACCACAGGCAAUCUUUCUUUUUAUGGACGGGAACGUCCAUUUACAAAAGAUGACCUUCGCAUAUCUGCGGAACGUAUUUAUUACAAAUAUAUUAGCGAUGAAUCUGAAAAAGAGAUUGAGUUGUCAGAUCAUACUCGUGAAAAAAUAAAACUUAUUAUGGAAGAAGAAAGUGGCACUCUAAACAAAAGAGCUGAUCCAUGGAUUUUUUAUGAGGCAAAAAGGGAGGUUUUCGAAUUCAUGCAAAGAGAGCAUUUUCCUAGGUUUUUGGAGGCAAGAGCGUUUGGCAAUAUGAACAUCUUGCAAACCAUGUUAAGAUUAGUUCUCGGAUUAUUCUUUUUAUUCAUCGGAUUUGCCACAGCAUUAAGUUUGAUUUUCUUAGAUGUUAAACCAAGGGCUGUUAGGAUAUGGUGUUUAAUUCCUAUUCUUAUGGGUGUAACCAAUUUAUUUGCCAAUCAAAGGGAACUUAUUUCCUCACCGUUGAAAGACUAUCCUGAAGGAUUUCAUAAAGUUUUGUGUUAUAGUAGUGUCUUCCCUUCUCCAAAUUCUCCUACGAAUUCUCCGAGACAUAUCAUUCAUACAAGGGGCGCGUUAGCUGCUGUUGGUGCAAAUAAUUAUACGCAGAAUAAUCAUGAUCAAUGCGAUGCGUGUGGUUAUGGUGGUCGUUUAAUGUGCUGUGACUCUUGUCCAAAAGCUUUUCAUUUUACAUGUCUGGUACCUCCUCUUGACGUUGAUAAUCCGCCAAAAGGAAAUUGGUAUUGUCGUGAAUGUAAGAGUGAUAAGGCUUCACCGUCGAUGCCAGCACAAGGCCCUUUCCAAGAGCUGAUAUACAAAGCCCGUUGCUCUAAUCCAAAAUCUUAUUUGUUGCCGGAACACGUUAGAAACGCAUUUGAAGAUGUCGGUACAGGCCCUCAUGGCGAAUAUGUAGAUACAAACAAAGUCAAGUUCGAACAAAAAGAUCGGAAUGGGUUCACACUUGAACCAGAUCAUCAUCGUAUGAUAGAUGACAAUGGAAAACUUAUACGGUGUUUUAAGUGCAAGCUUCCUCCAAGCAAAUCGAAACCAAUAAUGUCUUGUGAUUUUUGUGAUCUUCAUUGGCAUUUCGAUUGCUUGGAUCUCCCAUUAGUAAUUCCUAUACCGGCGAACAAAAAAUGGAUGUGUCCAUGCCAUGUAGAUCAUGCGUUGCCGCCAUUACGAAGGUUAUGUUCAGAUAAUAAUUUGCCUUUCAACGACAAUACAGCCGUCGAAUACUCUCCACAAAAAAAAAUACACAUCGAAUGUGAUCCAGAAUUCUACCUCAAUGACACAUUGCAUAAAUUACCUAAGCAUGGUGUCAAGCUUAAUUAUAUUGAACAAAUAAUUGACAAUGGUCGGCAUAAUGAUGAAAGACCAGCUGAUAGAGAUGUUCAGCAAAUGGUCAUGGAAGGUUCACCAACUUUUCAAGUUACAAAUGAAAGUGGUGUGACAUUUGAUGAACCAAUAAGCCCCAAAAGGGCGCGUGAAAGUGUUGAAUUAAAGGAUUUUAAUUCUUUCCUUGUAUCUGGUAACACCAAUAAAGAAUCGAUAGAUCAACCUCGUGUAAAAAGAACACGUCAAGAUGAAGCAAUCAAAAUAGACGUAAAUGCAACUGAGGGUUUUGAGACCAUUUCACAUUGUAUGACCCAUGUUGCCGAUAUGAGCAGCCAUUCAGAGAAACCUAAUUCUGAAUCAACUUUUUCCGAUGAAAUAUUUGAGAUUGAAGAAAGAUUAGAAAAAAAUGAAGAGGUUUAUAAAGAAAACCCAUUACGUUUAUUGAUGGAAGUCGCGUUGGUUGAUAUG